UUUAUCCCUGUUCCCCUUAUCCCUGAACCCCUUUAUACAUGUACCCUCGCAUCCCCGAACUCCUUUAUCUCUGAAUCCUCUUAUUCCCAUUGCCCAUAUCUCCGUUCCCCAUAUCCCCCCAUUGCCCAUAUCCCUGAACCCUCAUAUCCCCAAACUCUCAUAUCCCCAUAUCCCCGUUCCCCUGGUCUAUCACCUCCCAGGGGUUGGGGCCGGAUCUGGGCUGUCACUUUAAAAGAGCCGGUGUUUGUUCUCGCGAGGCCGCUCGGGGAGGAGCCGGAGAGAUGGCGGCGGAGGAGGGAGAUACUCUGGAGUCGUGGCUGAAUAAAGCUACCAAUCCUCUAAACACUGAAGAGAAAUGGGAAUACAUCAAAGGAUUCUGCGAUCAGGUCAAUCUGGAGCUGGAAGGCCCACAGAUUGCAACUCGUCUUUUGGGUCACAAAAUCCAAUCGCCACAAGAAAGGGAGGCGCUGUACGCACUAACGGUGUUGGAGACCUGUAUGAAUAAUUGUGGCAAACGUUUUCAGAAUGAAGCUGGGAAAUAUAGAUUUUUAAAUGAUCUUAUUAAAGUUUUAUCUCCAAAGUACCUGGGCUUAUGGUCUUCAGAACAAGUGAAGAAUAAGAUAAUAGAAAUGUUGUACAGUUGGACACUAUGGCUACCGAGUGAAAUAAAAAUCAGAGAUGCCUAUCAGAUGCUGAAGAAGCAAGGUGUCAUAAAGAAAGACCCUAAGUUACUGGAUAAGAAGCCUUUGCCACCGCCUUCUCCGAGAAUGAAGAGCUCACUUUUUGAUGACGAUGAGAAAUCAAAGCUUCUUGCAAGACUUAUCAAAAGCAACAACCCAGAGGACUUGCAAGCUGCCAACAGACUGAUUAAGAAUGUCAUCAAAGAGGACCAGGAGAAAUCUGAGAAAAUCAACAAAAGGAUUCACACCAUCGAGGAAGUGCACAACAAUACAAAGCUGCUGAGCGAGAUGCUGAGCCUGUACCAGACAGAAGGCUUGCCCGAAGACCAGAUAGAAGUACUGAAGGGCUUGUAUCAGAGCUGCGAGAAGCUGCGGCCGACACUAUUUCGACUCGCGAGUGACACCAUAGAUAAUGAUGAAGCUUUGGUGGAGAUUCUACAAGCCAAUGAUUCACUCACCCUUAUGGUCAACUCGUACAAGAAGAUAGUGGAGGGACAUGAGGAGGACAGAGUGGCCUCAAGAGAAGCAGCUUCCAAAGCUGAUCCCGUGCUGGCAGAUUUAACUGAUCUGGAGUUGGACUUUAGAAAUCCUGGGACCGUCUCGAAUCUGGACCCCGGGAAGCAGCUGCCAACCUGGCUAGAUGAAGAGCUGAUGUCAUUGGACCUGAAUGACCCCCCACUGAUCCAGCAGGCACAGGGAUCUGCAAAUUGGAACACAUUUGAGGGAGCAACUCCGACUGUAACCGUACCAAGCUCCACGACCAAUGGGAGUAGAGGUCUGGCCGGCCUGGACUUGCUGGGGAGGACACUGAUGGAACAAUCUCUUGGACCUCGAGCUCAGCCAUUCCGAUGGGACCAGCCACAAGUGAAACCCACGCUGAACGAGCUUCAGAACCAGGCUCUGACCCACCAGCUGGCUACAGCCAUGGAUCCCAGUGCUCCCGCAGUGUCAGCUCAGCUCACAGCACCAGCUCUCCUCCCUCAAUGGACAGUGCCAUCUUCUGAAGCACCAGGGCUCUGCCGGGACUCCCCAUCCCAGUUGUUCUACACCAUGCCUGUCUCAGCUGCUCCACAGAGUCCCUCACCUGCCAGUCCCCAGCAAGCUGACACCAACGACCUCUCCUUGAAGAAUGUCUUUGUGCCUUUGGAGAGCAUCAAAGCAAGUAGCGUUCCGCCCGUCACAGCCUUCGACAGAGAUGGUUUCAGAGUCCUGUUCCACUUCGCUAAAGCCCCUCCUCCCGGGAGACCUGAUCUUUUGGUCGUUGUCAUCACACUGCUGAGCUCAGCGCCAACACCCAUAAAGAGUAUCACAUUCCAAGCUGCAGUUCCAAAGGCGAUGAAGGUGAAACUGCAGCCUGCCUCUGGCACAGAGCUUCCCGCAUUCAAUCCUGUACUCCCGCCUUCCGUCAUCUCACAAGUUAUGCUUCUUGCCAAUCCCCAGAAGGAAAAGGUACGUUUGCGUUUUAAGCUACUCUACAAUUUGGCAGAACAGCCCUUCACAGAGGUUGGGGAGGUCACUGAGUUCCCAGCCACAGAGACCUGGGGCAGUCUGUGAGGAGUGAAGAAUGACCAUAGAAGGACACAAGUCUGGGGGACACCAACCCUAAACAUGAAGGAUCAUCAUGGUUUUUCUUAACAAAAGUGCCACAGAAUUCCCUCAAACUAUAUUCGAUUCCACUCUGAGAGUGACUGAUGAUUGUUGGGAUAGUUUUAUUUUUGCAAGGAAAUGUUACAACUUUAGGUAGCUUUGGACACAAUUUUGCCAUGUUGCUUCUUGUUUACUCUCCUUUCUAUAGAAUUGGUGCUCAAGCAGACGAUGACUUGUGGUCACUAAUGCUCAUUAUGCUGCACAGGUAGAGGUGCAAUCCCUGCUCACCCAGCAUCAACAACCUGGAUUGCUCUCCCCAUCCAUAGAGACCCCACACAUCCAGUGUCAACAUGCACUCUCGUCCCUCACAAUUAUGCUACGCAUUGCAGUCCCACCCAUAAGUGACGUUUUCCCUCUGCACAGAUAGACUGUAUACCCAGCAUCAACAAUUGGGAAUGUACCCUCACUUCAUGCCCUGCCCACCAUGCCUCCACUCUGCCUCCCCACCACUGCCAACCUCAGUUAUAUCUUUUGAUCUUGUGGUUCAUUGCCACACUGUGAUGUGCCAUUUACCCACUAAGUAUUGGAGGAGACCCAGAUCUUAACCCUUGGCUCAAGUGUACAUAAUGUCUGCUGAAUGCACCGGACCUGAUGCAACGAACGUGUUUGCCUGCUUACACUAGAAAUACUCACGUUUCCUGACCCUUACUUACCUCUGGAGAUUUGCUACAGUUCACAUACUCCCAGCGAUUUGGUGUUCUGUUUGAUUAGAUGCUGAACUAUCUAACAGCCACUGCAUAGAAGCUGGAAGCAAUGUAAAUUUGCACAGAUGUUUGUUAUUUGGGGUGUUGGAGCAUUUGUGUUUUACAAGCAGAUGUCACUUGUUUACAAGGCACGUUGUAUACUUUUUCGAAACUAAUGAGAAAUAAACUAAAGAAUAAACAAAUGAUCAACCCCAUUGAAAGGGGUACUUCAACAUUAUUACAACUAAAACAAAACAAAGAAAACAUAUUAAAUUAAAUUUCACUUUGCUGGGUGUUGAUGCACUCUAGCCCCACCAGUGGACAUCACAUGCUCCCUCUCCAGGGAUGCGAAGGUAAACUUGGAAAAGGAGGCAGGCAGUCAGGAUGAAUGACCCCCUCAACUGCCUGCUGCCUGGACUUGUUAAUGACCAACUUGGACUGGCCCAGAAGUAGACCAAUGAGGAGGAAAGCACAGUGUAUAUAUCCUCGCUGCGAUCACUUAUAUCCUAUGGAUCCAGAAUUGAACUCCCAGCACAAACACAACCACUGGAAGGGAGAUGGAGAGGAUAUAGUCCCUUUUAAUUUUCAGUUCCAAGGUCCCCAACUCUUUGCACCUUGGAUCCUUGGCAAUAAUUGCAACCAGAAGUUUGGCUGCUCUGACAUGUUGCUCUACUAUACAUCAAUAACUGCGGUAAUGAGACAGGAGAAGCUAAUAUUGGGAGAACGGGGAGUACAUAGGAACAGAAAUGGGCCAUCCAGCCCCUAGAAUCGUUGCAUGUCCUUGAGUAAUUUGUCCUUUUGCCCCAACAGUGAAUUAUCCAUGUGAUGUAGUGAUCAGAUUCUGCAGCACUCAGUGUGAAUAGCAUAGGUCAAUAUAUGAUGGUGACACCUUGACACUCAGCAGCAAUUGUGAGUCUGUUUUUUCAUAAAUGCAGUGAUCCAGUUUGGACACUUGUAGCUUUAACUUUCUCUGUGCUUGCAUUACUCAAUGUAUGGAAGAAAGUAACUCGCUUCCGAGUGUCUAAUUGAAAUAGCGACCUAUUCUCGGGUGGCAGUUGCUUUACUGUCUUUACAGAAGAAAUUAAUUUGUGGUCAGAAAGUAAAGUUUAGGAGACCUCACGCCAUUGAAAAUGCCAUCUGGAAAUUCUGCACAGCCACAUCUAAGCUAAGAGACAAUUUACAAAAAGCAAAAGCAAGUUCUUGGACACAGUCAAAGAAAUAAAUGUUUGGAGAAAAUGUAAUCAAAGUAUGUGUGUGUGUGUAUAUGUAUAUAUAUAUAUAUAUAUAUAUAUAUAUAUUUUUGUAAUUUUAGAACAUGCAAUAAUGUAACUGCCAGGCUUUAUACCUCUGUAGAUCUGUUGGACAUUUAAGCGAUGUUACAAUCCAGAUUAUGUAAAAUCAUGUUAAUGUAUAAAGGUGCACUCCAGCUGAUACUUAGAAGUUUGGAGCCUGGAAAUUACUCAGUCCUUGAACCUGUCAUCUGGGCUGAUACUCAGAGCAGUACUGACAGGAUGCUGCAAUGUCAGAAAUGCAUCUUUCAGAUGAGAUGUUUGACCUUGUCUAUCUGUCCUGGUGGAUGUAAAAGACCCUGUGGCACUAUUUGAAGGGAGAGCAAGGAUUUCUCCCUCAAUUAACAGGGAGUGUGGGAUUUUGCUGUGUAUGAUGUCUGCUGUUUCUCCCUAACAAUAAUGUCUGCACUUUAAAGUAGAUUAAUAGCAUCUGAAGCACUUUGGGACA